CCGGGCGCCCGCCGCCAGUUGCCGCGGCGAACGCUAGUCGCGAGGACCGUUGUACGCGCCGCGAUUCUACUUUCAAACGUUUUGCGACCAUCAUGCCGCGAGAUACGCUCAUAUCCGACCAAACUGUUAAAAAACUUAUCGCGGAAGUCCAGAAGAGAGAGUGUCUGUGGAAUCCGCACAAUGAUCUGUACAACGACAGAUAUCAAAUGGCUAAAGCCUGGCUGGAGAUAGCGGAGUUGUUGCAACUGCCAGAAGAACGUCUUCGUGUUAAGUGGAAAUAUCUCCGUGACCUGUUUAAGAAAGAAGUCAAAAAGUCGGGCUCCGGGGCUGACUACACAGGGAAAUGGCGCCACUUUGAAAGAAUGCAGUUUAUUGACAUCACUAAGGUCAACGGAGAAUCUGAAGACAGAGAGAGUACCAAUAUCAGUCGUGUUACAACAAAGAAAGAAGUUGAUGAUGAAUUUGAAUACGAAGUUGAAGAGGAAGAACCAGUAGGAACUAACGAAGUAGAAGUGUAUCUAGAGGAGGGCUACUCAGGCGAUCACAUCCCGGAGAAACGAGCAAAGCUCUCGUCAGACGAAGAUUACGAUGUAAUGUUCUUAAAGUCUCUGGCCCCGUUUUUCAGACAGCUGGAACCAAUGAGGAAGUUGGUAGUGAGAAGUAAAAUGCAGGACAUGUUGUUGAAUGAAAUGGCUGCGCAGUCGUCUGCAAGUCACCUCCAUAACAAUAAGAGUUAGUGGUAGUAAUUGACUGGAGUCUUGAAGGAACAUAUAGAGAGGAUACUGACAAAUUGAGCGGGACUGCCCGAAGAAUGUUCAGGAAAAUGUGGUAAAUUACAAUAACGGUAGACCGAUGAUUUGAAGAAGGUGACGGGCAGUGAAUGGAUACGGGCUGCCUAUGACCGGGAUGGUCGGCACUCAUUGGGUGAGGCCUACGUUCAGCAGGAGAUGGCAUUGAUGAAGGUGAAUGAGAAUGUGACUUUUCAUGCCAUCUAAAAAAAGUGAACAAGCCAAGACGUUCAGUCUGUUCAAAGCGAACAUUGAUAAUUGAUCUCUCUAAUAGACAAUUACAUGGAUGGAAGACCAAUUACGUUUAGAUAAUUACAUAGAAUCCCACGGUGUGGUAACGUGUCAUGGCAGAUAUGUUUUGUCCACGCAGUGUGACUGUUAAGCUGCGCUUACGCUAGGAGAGCCGAGCACGAGCGGAGCACGAGCCGAACACAAUUCGUCUAGUGUGGACCAACUUACAAGCCUCUAACGAGUGCGCUGCGAGCAUUUCGUUCGUGCUCGGCUGCGUUCCGCCUGUUGUCGGUUUUUGACGAACACAAAGGGAUUUGCUAACAGUGAUCGUUGUAGGUUCGUUGUACGUCCACACUUGACUUCGCGAACGACAAGCCGAACGGCUCCUCCGCUUGUGCUUCGCUCGUGCUUGGUUCGUCUAGCGUACCUGCUCCUACCUACCUGCUGUCUAACUCUAACUCUGCUGCUGAAUAACGUUUAUAGUUCAGUAGCCAAAAUUUUACUGAGUUUUGGGGGUUCUAUAAUAGAACUGUGUCAGCCACCAAGACGUGAUGUUUUGAAAUAGUAAUAUCAGUUUUGUUAUUGUAUCUAGGAUGAUGAAGACUGACUAAUGUACCAACUGAAGGAUACAAUUCUUCACCGGUGCUGAUGUAGGUUAAGUUAAAGAUAUUGUUUUAAGUUAUCGUUACUGUAUAGUGUAUACUAAUGCUUACCAGUAGCGAACAAUUUUAUUAUUAGCUAUCCGUUGUGCAAAUUCUUCUCCCUUGCAUACCUAAUUAAUUUUUAAUGUUGACAAUUUUUUGACAAAUGUGAUUUUUCAAAAUGAUAGCCACAGAUCUCCUGUGUACCAAACCUUUUUUCUCAUUAAAUGUCAUUGUAUAAAACCAGUACAAAAAUAUAAGGAUUUAUAAAUAUAAUUUAUACAAAAUUAUAAAUAUGUAUGUAUGUAUAAUUUAUUAAUAUCAUAAACAUCUGAUUAAAUGAUUUGACGGAAAUUAUAAGUUACUUACUAGAAAAUAUUUGCUCGAUGGCCUGCGAGACGGCGAUAGUCUAAAUUAAUCAGUGUAUGACAAAAACACCCUCAUCGACGUUCUUAAUGAAAGUCAGUUAAAAACUAAAACCGGACCCUUCUAGCAGCUAAUGAAGUAGGUAGGUAGGUACUAGGAUACCAAACUUUCGUUUGAUUUGCAUUGCUAAACACCGGCGGGAUUUCGCUCUCCGCCUACAAGGCAUACUUAACUACCUGCCUGACUAUGAGUCUGCCGGGGCUGAUUGUUCCAAAGAGUUCCUGCCACCCUGGUGCAUAAAGGGCUCCAGGAAUAAAGUUUCGUUUUAGUCAGUAAAUAAAGUCUGGCACUCCUCGCUGACGAAUAGCGGCAUUUGAUGAUUAUUUGAUGAUUUUCCACGUAAAUGGUCUGACUAUGUGACCAAACUACGCUGCUUAAAGCUGAGAUAUGAAUAGGUAGUUGAUACAAAGAAGCUUUUAAAACUGGAGACCAAUAUAGGGGAGAUUUAGAGUUUUCAAAAUUGUCUUGUAUUUUAUGUUUAACUGUCAACAUUUUUAAAGCACCCAGGUUUUCCUAAUCAAAGAGUGUAGUUUACUCGUAUUGUUAAAAUUGUUACCAAUAUAAGAAGAUUACGGAAAUUAAAUACAUAAUUAGAAAAAUUAUUUAUUUUUUACAUAGUUAAGUCACCGUGUAAUCCUACUUAUAUUAUAAAUGUGAAAGUUUGUGAGAAUGUAUGGAUGUCAUGUUUGUUAUUCAAUCACGCAAAAACGGCUGGACCGAUUUGAUUGAAAUUUGGUAUGUAGAUAGGUGAUACUCUGGAUUAACAUAUAGGCUACUUUUUAUCAACACACCACGCGGGCGAAGCCGCUGGCGGAAGCUAGUAAAUUAUAUAAUAGGUAGCUGACUAUGUAGUAGAAGUUAAGCACAGAUUACAAUAAUUUGAUACCAUUCGAAAAUUGUAUAGGUUAGUGUGUACUUUACCUAAGUACAUAAAAAGAGUAUCUAUUUCAAUGUUUAAUAGAUAAUGUUUCAGUUGACUUUACAAUAAUUUUAUAUAUAGUGUCAGUGUAGGUACACCAACACCAUAAUGCAGGCUAAGCUAAAGUUAAGUUACGUGAUUGUUUUAACGAUAAAAGUGAGAUAACUUUAAAGAUCUAAAUUAUUUAACAAAUACAAAAUUAAAGUACAAUCAAAUGGC